AUGGCACCAAUUGCCCUUGAAGCAACUCCAACUGAGAGCCCCCAGCCAUUGAUCAAGCCGUGGAGUAGACCACAGCAGACAAAGGAACCACUGGGUUGGGCACCCUUAGCGACGAUCGACCUCUCUCGGUUCGAUGAGCCUGGAGGCAAGCAAGAACUUGCAGCUCAGCUCUAUGAUGCCGUAACCAGGGUUGGGUUCUGGGUCGUUACCAAUACCGGGCUCGACGAUGAACGUGUGCUGCGCCAGUUUAGCAUCGGAAAUACCUUUUUCAAAGAACCCCUCGAAGAAAAAAGGUUCUUCAAGUGUAACUUUGCCGAAGGUGAGUAUUUCGGAUACCGUGAGAAUGAGAGGUGGAUCGGGGACACUGGCGUCAAGGAGAACAUUGAAAUGCUCAAUAUCCACAAAGACAUACCCGCUCAUGCCAACGUACCCAAGCAUAAAGUCGUGCAGGAAAACUGGGACGAGAUCCGUGCCUUCCACCGAGACGUGUUUGAGAAGGUGGUUCGUAAGCUAUUUGUACUAAUGUCUAUCAUUUUGGAAUUGCCCGAGAACUAUCUCACGGACGCACACACGUACGACGAGCUCUCCGACGACCAUCUCCGCUACAUGAUUUACAACGUCCGCACCCAGGAGGAAUGGGACAAGGCUCAGGCAUAUUCCAAGGGCGGCCAUACCGAUUUCGGGAGCCUGACAUUGUUGUUCAGCCAGCAUGUGGCAGGCCUGCAAAUCCGGACGCCCGAAGGAGAGUGGAAAUACGUCAAACCUGUCGAAGGUGGAAUCACCUGCAAUGCGGCUGAUACGCUGUCAUUCUUGACGAAUGGCUUCAUCAAAUCCACGAUUCACCGAGUUGUGACACCGCCCAAAGACCAACUUAACAUCAACCGCCUGGGCCUACUGUACUUCAGCCGUCCUGGAGCGAACACACCAAUAAGGACGGUUCCGUCGCCAGUUCUCGAUCGCCUCGGCCUGAUUAGCGAGGAAGACAAGGAUGUCAGCAAACCAGUCCCAACUGGAACCGAGUACGUCCGCGCGAGAGUCAAGGACGUCCACCACAAGACUGUCUUGGAUAAACGAGCCGGCACGCAGUUUGAGUUCAAGGGCUUGAAGGUCGAGAACCAUUAUGAAUGA